UAACAAACGUAACAUGCUGUAUAUAGUGGUGCACCACUUCAUUUGAAGCACUUGACGUUUCAGAAUACUGGCAACGAAAUACGUGCUGGAGGCAAACGUUAUGAUCACCACGCCAUUAAUUUCUUAAAUAGAUGAAACUGUCAUUGAAAUAAACCUUAGUGUCUGCUGUUGCCUCGCAGAACUACUUCCUAAUGUUGGUGUAGUAAGUCAGAAGACAGCAAGAAAGAAAUGGGGUUGAUCAGUCUUCUGGUACUGAUAUUUGCAUCCGUCACUUUGUCAUCUCACGGCGGUGUAGCUGCUCUCUGUAGCUCACCUUAUGAAGCUUACUGCCCGCCGCCCUGGCUUGCUUUCCAGGGGCACUGCUACCUGUGGGUGGACAAACCAAUGUCUUGGAUGGAUUCCGAGCGCUACUGCCGGAAGCUAUCCCACCCGGGGAAGAUGGCCCACCUUGCGUCCAUCCACAGCAAAGAAGAGGAUGAAUUCAUUAAAACGUAUGCUGGAAAAUCCUCUGUCGACCCGCCCGUUUCUGGCUACUGGAUUGGCUACAAUGACAUCGAGCAGGAGGAUCGUUUCCAGUGGAGUGACGGAUCUGAUGCAUCUUACGAGGGGUGGGAUCCAAGAGAACCACGCGACAUUGGAGGCGAAGACUGCGUAGAAUGUCGGUCCGAGUAUGCCGGUAUGUGGAAUGACGUAUGGUGCACUAUAAACAAUCCUUUUGUUUGCAAACUCUAGAUCUAAUGAGUUGUCUUUUGCUUUGUUACCGCAACUGAAAGAUAAAGUGACUGGAGAACAUGUGUAACAUGCUGGACACAGAAUGCAAACAUAGACCGCAUAUUAGCGCACUUAAUGACACUUAAACAACUUAUAAUCGAGUGAAACUUUCGUUGGACUACCUUGAUAAACUUUACGCUGCUUGGCAUUUUGACACAUUUUGUUUUCUUUUUAUAACAUU